GGCCAGGCUCUUGUCCCUUGUUUGUUCCCUUGUUUCGUCGACUCUGCAGGCAUUCCUGGCCUCCCUGUGACCAGGCUCCCGCUUGUACCCAGCCCGGCCUUCCUGCACUUUCUCUCCAGUUCUUCUACGCCUCCUUCCCUCCCCCGGCCCUGUUGGAAAUUUGAACCUCGACCGCCUGCUCUCAUGUUAUCCGCCGCCGAUCACCUCUUGACGAGCCAUGGCGGAGUUGGAUCUUCCUCCACAGCGUCGGUCUUCAUCGCAGACGUCCUCCUCCUCCCGCCGCAGCGCCCACAGAACUAAACCACGGCCGCAGAAACGCCAUUCCGCCUCCUCCAACGCAACCACGACCGACCUCACCUCUUUCCCUUCCCUGUCUCCCGACCGCUCUCCCGAGGGCUUUUUCGGCCAGCCCGCGUUGAACAGCGCGUUGGCUAACGCUUUGCUCGAGGAGGAAGACGACGGCGAUGAUAACACCUCCGUUGCAGCGGGGGUGGCCGGGGCCGUGGUAGGAGGAGGAGGUGCCGGAGGCACCUCCUCCACCUCUACCGCCGAAGACAGCGGCAGCGAGGUUGCCCGUGGCCGACGGGUCACUCUGGCCCGGCUGACAACCACCCGGCCAUCGGCGUCUGGGCGAGCGGCCCUGUUCGACGAUGUGGUGACCCCGCGUGAUAUGCCCGGUGCCCUGCAUCUGGCCGACGACGCGCACAUCCAGCGGCUGCUUGCCUCGACGGGCCCCGUCAAGCUGGUGAGACAGUUUGCCCGUGAUCUGGCCCUGCGGGACGCUGAGAUCUCUGCCCUGCGGCAGCGGGCGGAUGCAAGGGAGCGGGAGCUGAAACGGAUGCUGCGCGAGGUGGCGGUCUCGCAUCAGGACAUUGAACGACGGCUGUACGCGCUCGAGAAUUCCCGCACCGACCACUCGAACAAAUCCUCUGCAGGUGAACAUGGGGAUGCGUCGGAAGGAAUACCGGAUCGACAUCAUCGGCACAGCGGCAUCAAUGGCCUCAUGAAGCAGGCGAUGGCGGACGAGGUGGGCUCGGCUGGCUCGCAGAUGAUAUACGACGACUCGGACCCGCAGCAGGCGACGAUCCGGGCACAGCAGCGGCUGGUCGACGGCGAUCCCCGGUCGCGUACCUCGAGUGUCGAUUCCCGUGCGAAACGCCAGGGUUCCAUCCGCGGGUGGGGGGAUUACCUCUUCGGCAGCGUUUCAGCCAGCCGCAAGACCAGCCGCGCCAGCAGUGUGAAGAGCGAUGCGGGAGAUGCGGAUGAAUACCAGCGCUAUUCUCGACAGUCGGGCAACCGCCGUAAAGCGCUCGACGACCAGCUGUUCCAGCCGCCGCCCCAGGACGGCCUCACGGCAGGCGAUGCCGCCAAGGAACGGCUGGCCAAAGCCACGAAUGGCGACGACGCCAGCAUCCAUUCGCGCAAGUCUUCGAGAUCCUUCACCUCGUGGACAGUGAAGCUGUUUGCCGGCGGCUCCUCGUCCUCCCAGCAGGGCAGCAAGGAUGACACCAUUCGCAGCCGAGCCUCGUCUACGGGGCAAAACGGCGACUCCAAUACCAAUACUACUACUAACAAGCCGGCUACGCUGUCUGCCAAUUCCAAGAGCGGUCUGUCCGCCAUCGCAGCGCUGAAACGGAUCAACAGCAGUGCCAGCAUCCAUAGCAAGCCCACAUCCGGCGGUCCGGCAGCUGUCAGCAGCGGCGCGGCCACGCGAGGCAACACACCUGGAAAUCGCCGAGUCACUGCCUCGUCAGUUUCUCAACCGGGCAGUGGCGGCACCGAGACCGUCCCCAAGAACCCGACGAACCUGGGGCCCGUCGAAAUGGACGCUAUCCUGCCGAUGGAGUCGCGGCCGCCCACAUUAAACGUUUACAACAGCAGCGUCCACCAAUUCGGCGAGUUGCUGACGGACCGCUUCGGCUUCAUCUAUGACCAGCGGCGCAAACGCAGACAGCGUGAAGCGGCGGUCAACCGCACCCCCGCCCACCGGCUGAGCGUCGCGGAGACGCUCAGCACCUUUCGAGGCGAAACACCCGAUGGUGACGAAGACGAUCUGAACCUCAAGAUGCCCAUCACAACGGUUGUUGCGGUUGGGACGUCCAACACCGACGACCCGGAUAACAAUACCGCCCCGCCCAAGCGCUGGCAAGAUUACCUCAAAAUCUCCACCCGGGCGACCGAGCUGCUGUCCCAUACGCCCUCUGCCGGGCCAAUUGUCUCUCUUACCACCUCCGGGGAAGGGGGUACGCCUCGUGGUGUGUUGGGAGUAGCGGUCGACAAGGGCGGCACCGUCUCUGUCAACCCGACAGGCCCUCCCCCAGCAUCAACAUCGACAGUUGUCGCGGAUAACCCCGAAUUUGCAGGGAUCUCCAGUGAGGAGCCUGCCACGAUUGCCCCCACCUCCACUACGAUAUUUAGCACAAAUUCAAGUGAACAGGAACCGGUGAGGCUGUUGCUAGAGCAGCUGACGGAACUGCAUGAUGCCCUGCAACGAGAGCGCACGGUGCGAUGGAACGAGUUCCUGCGCAAGGUGCGUGCAGAGCGACGCAAGGAAGGCGAAGCGGCGGCGGCAGCCGCGGCGGCCUCAGACCGGCCGUUGCCGAGGUCGAUCGAUAUGCCCGAGGUUUCCCUGGCGGACGGGGAGAUGGUGGGCAUCUCGGGACUGGGGAACAAGGGCAAGGUCGGGCGAGCCAAGUGGCGGGAGUUCCGGAUGCUUGUGCUGGGAGGAAUCCCCGUCGCACUGCGAGCGAAGAUCUGGUCCGAGUGCAGCGGGGCGUCUGCGAUGCGAAUCCCCGGGUACUAUGAAGAGCUGGUGCGUGGGGAGACGGGCGCCGAACCGGACGGGUCGGUACGGGCGCAGAUCGAUAUGGACAUCUACCGCACGCUGACGGACAACGUCUUCUUCCGCAAGGGGCCCGGGGUGGCGAAGCUGCAGGAGGUGCUGCUGGCGUAUUCGCGGCGGAACCCGGAAGUAGGCUACUGCCAGGGGAUGAACCUGAUCGCCGCCUCGCUGCUGCUCAUCACCCCGACGGCCGAGGACGCCUUCUGGCUGCUGGCUUCCAUGAUCGAGGUCAUCCUGCCGCAGCACUACUACGACCACGGCCUGCUGGCUUCGCGCGCCGACCAGGUCGUCCUACGCCAGUACAUCGCCCAGGUGCUGCCGCGGCUGUCUGCUCAUCUGGACUCGCUGGGCAUCGAGCUCGAGGCCCUGACCUUCCAGUGGUUCUUGUCCGUCUUCACCGACUGUCUUUCGGCCGAGGCUUUGUAUCGUGUCUGGGAUGUUGUCUUCUGUUUGAAUGCCAGCACAGUCGCGGAUUCUGCCAGUACCACUACUACUGCUGCUCCUGCUCCUGCUACUACUACUACUACUACUACUACUACUACUACUUCUACUCCGGCUCCCACUACUACCAAUACUCCCGCUACCCCUACCCCUACCGCUACCGCUACUGUUGCUGCUACCACCGAUGCAUCCGGCAGCGGCGGCAGCAUCUUCCUCUUCCAGGUUGCCCUGGCCCUGCUGAAGCUGAACGAACAGCAACUGUUGACCAGCUGUUCGACUCCCGCCGCCCUGUACACGUACAUCAACCACCAGAUGACCAACCAUGCGAUCAGCAUCGACGGGCUGAUCCAGGCCAGCGAGGCGCUGCGCAACGUCGUGCGCCGCGAGGAGGUCAUCGCGCGACGAGCCGUCGCCUUGCACGAGAUGCAGUCAUGACUGUAACUGUUUCUCUCUCUCUCUCUCUCUCUCUCUCUCAUUGUAUUCUUCUUGAUACCCAUGGCGUACUUCCAGGGAUUAGACUAUCUAGACACUCAUUAGAUUUCAUAUCGUAUUGAAUACUGUUUAAUAUAUCCUAAUCCUAAUACAGUUCCC